AGCAGCCCAGGACCUGCUGUAGCCUGGUGGGAAACACAACAACUUAAACCAAGUGGCUCACAUACCAAUGACAGUGGGAGCAAGUGGUCCUGUCUGACGAAUCAAACUGUCAUUAAGGGAAUAAUUUGGACACAACGAUGGACACAUGAGCUGUCUGGAGGCAGAAGAACAUCUAUUUAUGCCUUUUUUUAAUUUUUCUACAUUUUAAAUAGAAUAUUUUUAGGUGUCUUCUUGCUGUGGCGUCUCGCUGGAUUGUUGGUCUUUUUGACCAUCUACAUUAUCCUGAGACGGUGCCUAAGUUUGUAAGCUGGUGCUGUUAACAGGAGAAAACAACACUGUUACGAUGAACCUGACGCAGCGGAUCAAACUUUUGAAGCACUUUGGUUCUUUGCCCCCUGAGCCUCCACCUCCACUUCUGGUGAUGCCUAAACCAGGCAUGGAGGACUUAACAAUAUGGGAGCAACAUACAAUAACACUAAACAAGGAUCCCAAGCUGGGGUUUGGAUUUGCCCUUUCAGGAGGAAAGGACAAGCCUCACCCAGAUGGGGACACAGCCGUGGUGGUGUCAGACGUUCUGCCAAACGGACCGGCCAUGGGACGACUCUUCACCAAAGACCACAUUGUCAUGGUAAAUGGCACAUCCAUGGACAACGUCCACUCUAACUUCACCAUUCAGAUCCUGAAAUCAUGUGGCAAGACUGCAAAUGUAACAGUGAAACGGCCUCGCAAGAUCCAGAUUCCAGCCAGUACCAGGCCGACUCGGGCCGCCUCCCAAUCCAACCUGCUGGACCCGGACCCUCCUAGACGAGCACGUCGCUACUCUGACGGCAGUGACAAUCGGUACCGAGCCCGCAGCACCUCGCCCGAGCGUAACGGGUAUGGAAACACGCUGCCGUUAAUGACAACGGGCUACAAGAGGCUCCCACCACAGGAUGUUCCAGAAAAGCCCCUCAGGACCACUCUGGUUAAAAAGAAAGUCACAGACGAGUAUGGAUUGAAGCUGGGUAGUCAGAUCUUUAUCAAGCACAUGACAGAAACGGGCCUGGCUUCAAAAGAAGGCACACUGCAGGAGGGAGACCUCAUUCUCAAGAUCAAUGGCAUGACGACGGAGAAUCUGUCCCUGCUGGAGACCAAGCACCUGGUGGAGAAGAGCAGGGGCAAACUGACCAUGACGGUGCUCCGGGACGAACGCAAGUUCCUGGUCAGCAUCCCCGAGGUGGAGGACAGCGCCCCCAACAGUGAAGACGGCCGCCGCCACAACAGCAGCUCUGAACUUGAGGAUAUUUCAGACAUCGACCAAGAUAUCCCUGUUCACAGAACAUCCCGUCAACCCAACAGAGAGAAACGGACACGCAGGACGAGAGCUGAGCCUCCUCCACCCAAGUCUCGGGAUUCAUCACCGAUGCGCUCCACGUUGACUCGGCCGUCUGUCGCGUCCUACGCCUCUCGCAGAGCUCCAUCUGAGUCCGAGUCGGAUCACAGUCCUUCUCCUCCUCGUGCCAGGAGAGACAGAGAGAGUCUGGACGUGAGGGAUCAGCCCAGCAAGUACAAAAGUCUCUCUGGUAUGUCCAUCCUACCCGACCCCCGGUCUUCACCUGUUAUCCAGAACUGGAGCACCUCUCGGCCCUCCUCCUCUGCCUCACGGCCCCGCAAGCCCGUGUCGGAGUCGGACUCUGACCGCAGUGCUUCCCCUCCUCGAACCAGAGGCAUCUCACACCUAGACAAAUACAAAGUUCUCCCUGAGCUGCCCGUCCACGGCCUAAGAGCCUCCCCCAUCCCUGUCCGCCAGGAGCCCCCGAGGAGGAUUAACUCGCCCAUCAGAGACCCAGCCCCAGACUCCGGGUCCUCCUCAGAGGGCAGCUUGGCGCCUCCUCAGAGGCAGAGCACCACUUACAGUCAAGACUCCCUCAGCAGAUACAGAGUCCUGCCAACCGUUUCCCUUCAGCCUCAGGUGGAGCCGCCGCGAUGGAGCACUGCCAACACCAGUCUGCCACAGAAAGCCCCUUCAGAGACUGAGUCCGAGGCCAGUUACGCAUCUGUCCCUCGCCGGGAGUCGACAGACAGCGAACCCUCCACCGUCGUCAAAAACAGAUACAGGGUCCUUCCUGACCUGAAAUCCACGUCAGUCGCUUUGAAGCAGGAGCCUUCUCGUCGUGCCCCGUCCCCGAUCAGACCACCUCCUGACGAUUCCUCCGAGUCAGACCAGCUGUCACAUCUGAGGAGGUCGGGGAGCUCAGAGCGGGACGUGAGCCACCACAGUGUUCCUGGUGCUGCUAACGGAACUGCUACCAUCAGGUCUGGGAUUUCAGUGAAGAGCAACCCACCACCUUACUCCAAGUCUGAAGAAGAGCCCCUCUACUCUUUACCCCCAGAUUCCUACCCAUCAUCUAUUCCAGGGUACAGCUCAGACCUGCACACAGUGGCGUUUAUGAAGGACGGCAGCGUGGGCCUGAGGCUGGUGGGGGGCAACGACGUCGGCAUCUUUGUGGGGGGAGUUCAGCCCAACAGCUCCGCGUACAACCAGGGAAUGAAAGAGGGAGACCAGAUCAUGAAGGUAAAUAACGUUGAUUUUGGUCAUUUCACACGUGAAGAGGCAGCAAACUUCCUGCUGAACAUCAAGAAAGGAGAACAAGUGGCGAUUUGCACCCAGAACAAGAUGGACAUUUAUAAGAAGAUCAUCAAGUCCAACCUGGCCGACAACUUCUACAUCCGCACCCACUUUGACCACGAAGCCGAGGGCCCCAUCGGUCUGAGCUUCACCAGAGGGGAGGUGUUCAGGGUGCUGGACACGAUGCACCGCGGCAAACUGGGCAGCUGGUUGGCCAGCCGCAUGGGGAACAACCUGCACGAGAUGGACAAAGGCACCAUCCCUAACCAGACCAGGGCUGAGACGCUGGCCAGCAUCGAGCAGUCACAGCGGGCGACUGGAGAGAAGCAGCUGACAGGCCCCAGAGCAGAGUUCUGGAAACUACGGGGUCUCCGAGGGAACAAAAAGAACGAGAAGAACGUGCGUCGGAGUCGAGACGACCUGCUGCACCUCACCAUUCAGGGCAAAUUCCCGGCUUAUGAGAGAGUCCUGCUCAGAGAAGCUAAUUUCAAACGGCCGAUUGUCAUUCUGGGUCCUCUUAAUGACAUUGCCAUGGAGAAGCUGUCCAGAGAGAUGCCUGAUGAUUAUGAAGUGGCAGAAAUGGUUCCUCGCAGUGGAGGAGGAGACGGCGGCUCCACAGUUAUUAAACUGGACGCUGUUAGGAGAAUAGCAGAGAAGGACAAACACCCUCUGCUGGACAUUACUCCUACUGCAGUGGAGAGACUCAACUACAUCCAGUACCACCCCAUGGUGCUGUUCCUGGACCCCCACAGCCGUAAGGACGUCAAGGCCAUGAGGCAGAAGUACAGCCCCGACUCCAACAAGAGCUCCAGACGCCUUUACACACAGGCGCUCAAGAUGAGGAAACACUGCAGCCACCUGUUCUCAUCACGUGUUGACCUGCAGCCCAACUCACACGCCUGGUAUGAGACCCUGAAGGAUAAGAUCCGCCACCAGCAGUCCAAACCAGUCUGGGUGUCUGAAGUCACGUUGGAGAGUGGUGGAGAGCAGGACCUGGAUGCUCUGGACCAAACUCAGUCAGACUACCUCAGUGCUGCCAGUGACCUGGAAGACACUGACGGAGAGCCCUACACAGACGGAGAGGCCUACACCGACAACGAGGACCUGGAGGAGGCCUAUCCCGGUCAAGAGGCCGCCAGGUCAGGAGGAACACGGUUGGCUGGAACCGCUUUAGCCCGAUCGUCUGAGCCGGCUUACGGGCAGCGCAGCCCCGUGUUGGACUCCGAGUCUGACACGUACUCACCCAGAGAGAUCCCACCUCUGAUGCACGUUCCUGAGCCGAGAUCCCCCCAGCAGGACGAUUACAGCCCGUCUCACAGUGCCGCUGAGGAGGACGAACCCGCCCAUCGCAGCUUCACAGACUCCGACUUCAGCGCGCUUGAACCCACAACACCAUCAGAGGGCCCUCCAGAUUUUAUAGCCCCAGACCCCACCAUUCAGAACUCUGUGAAAGAGCCCUGGCAUGCUGAGGUGGAGCAUGACAGCCCACAUCAUCCCAGCCUGUCGGUCAUCGAAGACAAACUACAGCAGGCUCGUUCUGCAGAGCCACAGGCACAAGCGGUGGAGAAGAAAGCCCCUCAGUUCAUUGUGCUGGCACAUCAUCACCAGGCAGUGCAGUUCAGACGCACACAGAUCCGAGGCAGCGACAGCUCUGAGGACGAAGACGAAGAAAAGGACGACAUCGAAUGGGGCCCUGCAACAGAACUCUAGACACGUUGAGGAGGAGAACUGGAGUCCAAUGAUAUUUGAAAAGGACACGGAAACCAUUCAGUUCUUCAAGAAACAUUGCUUUUCCGAGUUUCUUUUUUGUUUCUAUCCGACAAAGACAAGCAUGUUUAUUUAAACGGCAACAUUCAGACACAAUUCAAGGUGCUUCCCAAAGGCACAGAAUGAAUUCAAACGUAAGUCUUAUCUGAGGAUGUUGGUGGACUGGUUCAAAGGGUCUCGUUCACUGGGGGGAACUGAAGAAACUGCUGUGUUCAAGAUCACCACAGCGUUUCACUUUCAGUUUGAAAGUGUAAAAAAUUUUGUGAGAUUAAUGUUUAGAUCAAAGUGCUGUUUUUUCCAGAUUUGUAUGUAAAUAGCCCUAUGUGAAACAAAUCAGCAUUCUUUUGGUUACUGCUACUGAAUGUAACAUGUACGCAAACUCUAGUUGUACUGGAAACUAAGUGAGUCUCUUUUUUUAUGGAAAUAUAGCAGGGAGUUUAUGACAUAUCUGAAUGACUCUUUAACUUUUUCUACAUUAAAGUGUUUUCCUCAUUUCAAAAGCGGUUUUGUUCAAUCACCACAGAAAGACUUAACCUAUAUACGUCUCUAAUGUUUAGAAGUUACCCCAUUUAACCCUGAUCACUGAUAAUCAAAUGAAAUAUGGAUGCGACUGGUGUGAAAAUAUAUUUCUUCUUGAUGUGGACAUUGGAAUUUUAAUACAGAACGUGACGAAGAUGGAAAUGGAAAUGUUUGAGCUGUGAGUUUUGUUCCUGAGCCUCCAGAGCUAAAAUAAAAUAAAAUGGGCAAUAAUAUAACUUUUUGUAAGGUCAUAUAUAAACCUUUUGUAGCACAAUAUAAUGUAUAUGGUAUUUUCAUAUUAUCCUUUGGAAAUGGACCUUAUCCUGUAGCCUACAGCCGCCCUGGAGAUUUCAUAACUUCAAUAAAUCCCUUAUUGUUGUA